UUUCCAUAUCACUAACUGGGAGUGAAAGACGGCCAGCACAGCGAAUGAUGGGCCAGUGUGCUGGGGAAGAGCAAGUGGGGCUCCCAAGUUCUGGACAGGAGGCCACAGAGGGGCAAACCACGGGACAAUUGGUGACGUGCCACUAUGAGCAAUGUGGGAAAGCCAGCAGGGACUGGAUCAGCCCUUCCAACUGAGAUGCCAAAAAGAAAGAGGGGGCGGCCAAGGAAGCAGCCGCAGGAGCCUGCUGGGCCAUUGCCACCAAAGAAACCACGUGGAAGGCCAAAAGGAAGCAAAAAGCUGAGCACUGCUAGUGGGCAGAUGCUACAAGCUUCAGCUGAAAAAAGGCCCAGGGGAAGACCACGAAAAUGGCUUGCUGUCCAAAAGGAAGAAUAUCAGAAAGUCGGUGUUCAAAGGAGAAGUGAUCCAAGUUCUAGUACAUGCCCUGCCACAGAAGGCACUUCUGGGAAAGGAUGUCGCAGGGCCAACAGAACUCCAGAAUUCAGGAGAUCAUUGACUACUUCCCCAGCUGAGACCCAGCAGCAUUCUUCUUGA